GAGAGUAGAAAGCACGUUGACUUCGCUCAGUCAGCCCCAUUUUUCAAUCGUCACUGACUGAGAGUGGAGCAGUACAAACCGAUCCGACAUGGGAGAAGUUCCGAAAAUCACGGAUCUUCACAAAGUGAUCCAGCCACAUUUGACAGAGGGAACCACAUUGGAGACAUAUUCCAGUCGUUACUUGACCAAGCCAGGGGAUAACUAUGGCAGCGUCAUGUUGGCUAUUCAAGCACAAAUCAAGGAUGGUGAUGGUGAAGUUCGGGAGUUGCCGCUGAUAGCCAAACUUCCACCUCUCACCAACGAUAUUUACUGGCAAAUCUUUCAGCCAGAAAGAACCUGCAUCACAGAAAAUGCUGUAUAUAAGUAUUUGGCACCAGAGUUAGCCCAGCUCCAACUUAAAUGUGGCGUCGUGCCAGCCAAACUUUUCGAUGGCUUUCCCCGCUACUAUGGAUCCCGCAUAUCUCUGAACGAAAGCGCCACCAAGGUGGACCGGGACGCCGUACUUGUCCAGGAAAACGUAACAGUUCACGGCUACAGGCCUGGAAACCGUCAAACGCCGUAUGAUCUGGCGCACACUGUGCUCAUUCUCCAUUACUUGGCACAGUAUCACGCCCUUCCAAUUGCCUUGCGACUAAAAAACCCUCACAUAUAUGAAGAGUAUGUGCGGCCCUAUUUCAAGAAGUUCGACAUGAACCUUAAUAUAUCGCCCAAAGAGAAAGAGUUGAUGAACAAUGAGAUCCUUACUGACAUCAAGUCUGCGACAAAUGGAGAUGAAAAUGAUGUGAAGCGCGUCAAAGAGUUGCUAGACCAAUUCGAUGCGUUUCAGGCUGGUAAGGACGUUGAGGAUGGACCUUUCACUACGCUCGUACACGGAGAUUUGUGGAUCAACAAUUUAAUGGUGAAAUACGACGAUGAUGGCGUUCCGGUCAAGCUAAAAAUUGUCGACUUUCAAAUUGCCCAGUAUGGGUCGUUGGUCCACGAUAUAAUAUUUUUACUAUUCUCCAGUGUGGCCACAAAGGUUUUGGAGGAGAACUUUUACAAUCUGCUAAACAUCUAUUACAAUGCUUUUAUUAAAUCCUUGCGUCAAGUCGAUGUGGAUACUAACAGUUAUAGACUUGAGAAAUUCCUCGAUGAAGUCCAAAGCCAAGCACAUUUACAGUUACCCCAUUCCAUUUUUAUGAUGAAAGUUAUCUUGGCCGACAGCAGCACGCUGCCAACAGAAUAUAAGGACGUAGACCUGACGGUGUUGACUAAGAACACUGGAGCUAAGAACAUUGUAGCUAAGUUUGGCGAGAUCUUGAGGUUGGCCAAAAAGUUUAAUUUAUUCUACUAAGUCACAACAGUUUUAUAGUAAGUAUAUGUGGAUAUGUCGGAAUCAUAAUGACACCAAAUAAACAUUUUGCUGAAUCACGGA